CUUGAAAUCAUUUUCUCAACAUACCUGAAGUGUCAUGUAUUGUCAGUGAUCUUGCCAUAUGCACUGGAUCAUUUGGAGACCAGAAUGUGGGUGAAGCCAGAGGAAGUUCUGCUUGCCAAUGCUUUCUGGGUAACCGAACAGGAAAGUGUCUAUUUUGUUCUGCAGCGGCGAAAGGGUCAUGGAAAAACGAAGGGACUCACGUCAAUUUUGGUGGGAACAUUGGACAGUGUUUUCGAUACAAAACCACCUCCUUUCCGAAUUCUUCAUCAAACACCGUCUUCCGAAGUUUAUUGGGUGGUCGCAUGUUCCUUGACGAGGGAUGAAAUUGUACAAGACUGGAAAUGGCUUCAUGAAAAUUUAAUGGACACUUUAAAAUCUUUCGAAAAUAGCGAAGAUGACAUAACGGAUUUUGUAUGUUGUAAAAUUCAGUCGAUUAUUGCAAAUAAAGUGCCAGAUUGUCAAUUUGCUGAUGAAGAUGAUCCACAAACAUUUAAGACAGUUUCAUUUAAAUUCCAUCGGCUUUUUAAUCUUCCAGUUGACGAUAAACUUGUAAAUUAUUAUUCAUGCAGUUAUUGGAAAUCACGAUUACCAAGGCAAGGAUGGCUUUAUUUGUCAGUGCAUCAUAUGUGCUUUUACGCUUAUAUAUUGGCGAAAGAAACAAAAUUAAUCAUCAGAUGGGCGGAUAUCGUUGAGUUGAAUAAAACAAAUUCGCUCGUAUUUCCUGAUAGCAUUCGUGUUGUAACACGAGAUUCCAAAGAGCAUUAUUUUUCCAUGUUUUUACAUAAAUCAGAAACGUAUUCUUUAAUGGAACAAUUGACGAAUAUCGCAAUGAAACGACUCAUUGAUGAGAAAAGUGGUUUUAAUCAAGACAGAGAACUUCUAAAUAAAUUAAGCAAAAAUGUGCCUAAAAAGCCAUCAUUCCUGAAGAGGGACCUGGACGCGAGGGCCCACUCCGAGGCCUAUAGAUUGCAAUUCAGAUUGCCGGGAAACGAGAAAUUGGACGGAUGUGUAGACGCUACUUUAUGGACACCCUACAACAAGAGACACGUCUGGGGCAAAAUAUUUCUAUCCCAAAAUUAUUUUUGCUUCGAAAGUAGAGUAAAACGAGAAGUGAGUUUGGUGAUUCCAUUAAGAGACGUGAAACGAACAGAAACUGCCGACAAUCAAUCAUCAAAUACGUCAGUGGACAAAUCAAUUCUCAUCACGACAAAUUCCAAUUCAUUUCUAUUUUCGCAAAUUCUUGACAGGGAUUUUGUCAUGCAAAAGAUUCGAGAGUUACUUGGAAAAACGUGUCAGCCUGUUGCUACUGUGCUGGUGAAAGCAACAACGUCAUCAAGUGGCUGCGCAGUGACGGUCGAAGAGAUGCCGGUGGAAAUAUGGACUUGUCAGCCACCACUGAUGACGCUUUUUAAGGCGCCAUUGAGUGCAGAAGCUACGAUCAAGCAACAGGCAAAGGAGAAACAGUGGGAGCUUCAUUUCGCCGAAUAUGGACGAGGAGUGACAAUAUACCGGACCGUGGAGACGGCGAAACUCGUGAUACAGGGCGUACCACAGGCUCUUCGUGGCGAAGUCUGGCUAACGUUCUCAGGUGCAAUUAAUGAAAUGGCGAUGAAUCCAGGACUCUAUAAAUCACUCGUGGAUCAAUCGCUCGGCAAAUCAUGCCAGGCGAAUGACGAAAUCGAACGCGAUCUGCACAGAUCACUGCCCGAACAUCCUGCCUUUCAAUCGGACACUGGUAUCAGCGCUUUGCGGCGGGUACUCUCGGCGUAUGCCUGGAGGAAUCCUCAAAUCGGAUAUUGUCAGGCGAUGAACAUUGUGGCGUCGGUGCUUUUGAUUUACUGCUCAGAGGAGGCGGCAUUCUGGCAACUGUGCAUUGUUUGCGAAUCAUUGUUGCCAGAUUACUAUGAUAGACGAGUGGUGGGCGCCCUGGUGGAUCAGGGCCUUCUAGAGGAGCUUGCAGCCGAAUAUCUGCCGACCCUUCACGCUCGACUCCAAGAACUCGGACUUAUUCGUGUCAUUUCCUUGUCAUGGUUCCUGACAAUUUUUCUCAGCGUCAUGCCAACAAGUAGUGCGGUGAAUAUUAUGGAUUGCUUCUUCUAUGACGGGGCAAAAGUGAUUUUCCAGAUUGCUCUUACGGUCCUUGAGUGGAACCAGGAGAAAUUGCUCAACUGUCGUGACGAUGGAGAAGCUAUGCAAUUAUUGACCGAUUAUCUCGGUGGAGUAUUCAAUGAUGAGGGACCAGUAUUACCGAAACCAGUGGACAGUGGAACUCCAAAUCGGAGUAUUUCCGUGCAGACGCUAAUAUUCGAGGCGUAUUCACGAUACGGUUCGUUGACGAUCGGCGGGAUCGAGAGACUGCGUUUGAAGCACCGAUUGAAAGUGGUGCAGAGUCUCGAGGAUGGCAUUGAGAAGAACGUGAUUAGAAGUGUGAUAAGCGACAAAUACUUGACGUUGGAGGAACUCCAGGAAUUGUUGUCAUUAGUUAGGGAGGAAUUGAUGAGUCAGAGGAAAAAUGAGCCAGAUCGUUACGAUCCAACACAACCGCCCUACGAGGCGUACAAAAUUGAUUACGAAUUGUUUCGAAUAUUGUUCGGUGGCUUGUCGCCAUGGGGCAAAUGUUCACAGGCUGAAUCGCUCUCCGCACGAUUGUUUCGACUAAUGGAUCGCAAUCGUGACGGACAACUGAAUUUCCGAGAAGUUGUGCAGGCGAUUGGAUUAACAGCGACCGCGGAUCAAACGCAACGAUUGAAAUUACUGUACACUCUUCAUUUGCCUCCACUAUUGUCGCCAGUGGAUUUUGAAUCGCCAACGCAUUCCUCAGAUGGCGCAGAAGUUGCAGCGGAGGCGACGGACUUUUUCGACAGUAUGGAGAAGAGUGCGGCCGCCUCUCUUGAAAUUCCAGUGAGUUUAGCUGACGAAUUGGCCUCCGGUGAAUUGUCACGAUCAACCAGUUGCAACAGUCAAGCCGAUCAAUCGUGGGAAGUGCAAAGUAUGGGCAGUUUUCGUUCAAUGAUCGCGUCGAAAGAUGGGUUUCUCGAUUUAAAAACUGUGCCAAAAAUGUCGCAAAGACAUUUCAUUGCUAUGAUGAAAACUCUGUAUGAAAUGUUUCACGCUCAGCCGGACGAAGCCGACACUAUUUGCCUCGCAAAAAUCGAAGCCUUGUUACUUCAACUCGGUGAUGUUGGAAAGAAAUUCCAAUUAGAUCGCGAGGAGUCCGAAGACAGUUUACUUGUAACCGCUCCAAUUGCUCAAUCAUCGUCGCCAAUCGCAAGGUCACCCGACAGUAAUGGAAAUCCAUCUUGCAUCCCAUCAUCAGGGGAUCCAGAAUGGUGCAUCACGGUGGAACAAUUUUUAGCGUCCGCACUCACUGGACAGUCGAUUGUCGAUUUUUUCAGUAAACGCAUCAAUUUAAUUGAUGCAAUACAAGUUCUUCGCAAUCGUCGUUUCAACAGUGUUCAUUCACUGUCGGAAACAUUUAAUGUCUGACGUUUAUUACACGAUGAACCGUAUGAAUGCACGGCUCAUAAAACUGGAGAUUAAAAAAAAAACAAUCAUAAUAUUUUUACAAACACUAAACACAGAGGAAAUAUCAAUUUACCAACAAAGGGGUUGCAAAAGAAAAAAAAUUCUCAAAAUAAAAAUUUUUAUUUGUAUAUAUAUAAAAGGAAGGCCUCGAUAAAAAUUGUGAACUCACUUUAUUUUCAAUUUUUCUUAUUCUAUUUUAGAUAUUAGACUAUUUUUAAAUGUUCAUUUUAUAACCUAAAGGAUUUUUUUAAUAAUUUUAACAUUUUACUUAGAAAAGCAUUUUUUUAAAACUUAUAUCUUUUUUUGUGCACAAUCUAAAAAAAAUUAUUUGUAAGAUCACAAUUUUUUUUUCAUUAGAAAGAAUCGGUGCGGAAUCGUUAAAAUGUAAAAUGAAAUUUUACAUUUUUUUUCUAAUUCACAAUUUUUAGUUUUUUUCUUAUGGAAAAUUGUUUUUUUUAAAUGAAAUCUUUAUUAUAAAGAAACAUAUUAAAUUUUAUUUUGAAAGUAUUUUUCUUAUUGUUCGUUUUAUGCGACAAUAUAUACAUAUAGUGUUUUCUUAUUGAAACUCUAUUUUAUAUAGAUCAAUUUUUAUUUUUCUAAGAGUUGCGCGUAUUUCUAUAAUACUUCCCGUGCAAAAUAUUGAAAAAAAUUGUAUUAUACUUGUAUAUAGAAAUAAUUAAAUUCCUAAACGUUGUUAUUGUUUUAUUACUUGAAAAAAAUAAAUAAACGCAGUAAAAAGAA